UCAUUACUGAGUACUUCUCCAGAAGAUCCAGUAGUUAAUGACUUUUUAAAAAAUUUAAUAAACACGUGGUCAUGAGUGCAGCAUCGCAGUACGUUCGCCUGUCAACAGGAUUCAAUAUGCCACUUGUUGGAAUUGGUACUUUUAGAGUCACUGGACGAGAGAUAAUCCACGAUGUGUUGGAUCAUGCACUUUGUGUGGGGUACAUGUCGAUAGUUUUAAUCUUAAAUUUUAUCGCAGACACUGCAGCUGUGUACAGGAACGAGGAGGAUAUAGGUCACUCCUUGAAGAAGCUUAUGGAUAAAUACAGCAUCGAGCGAGAAGAGAUAUUCAUAACCACUAAACUCUCCCCUAGUGAUAACGGCGACCCUAGAAGAGUACGUGAGGCUGUGGAGAGAUCCCUGAAGGCCCUGAACCUCUCCUACAUCGAUCUGUACCUGAUCCACUGGCCCGGAGCUGCUGGAAUUCCAGAGGGAGACAUCGACAACAUUAAAUUAAGAUCGAAAACGUGGGAGGCACUGGUGGACCUGAAGGCUCAGGGCUUUCUGCGAUCCAUCGGGGUAUCCAACUACAACAUCAGUCACCUGGAGAGGCUUAUGCAGGACUGCAAAGGUGUUCGUCCUGCAGUAAACCAAGUGGAACUGCAUCCUCAUUAUCGUCAGAAGGAAUUAGUGGAAUUCUGCAAUAAGGAGGGGAUUCACGUGCAGGCGUAUUCCUCUUUAGGCACCAGCACUGACACUUCCCUCUUGAAAGAUCCCACUGUCUGUCGAGUGGCUCAGGAACUCGGUGUGUCCCCAGCCAGGGUUUUGCUGAAGUGGGCACUUCAACAGGGAAUAGGAAUAAUUCCAAAGGCUGUCCAAACCACCCACAUUUUUGAUAAUUUUCAGCUAGAUUUUGCCAUUCAUGAGUCCCAAAUGGAUCGGCUGUCCUCAUUACCGCAACAUAAAUACGCGUGGAAUCCUAAUAAUGUAGUAUAAUCACUUGAAGAAAUUGAUCAAUUUACCCACAGACUGUUAUCAUUUU